AUUUUAGAAAAACAACUAUUUUUUUUAAUCCUAAAGGAGGUUGUUUAUCCUUGGUUGUUAUUUAUUAUAGCCUCGAGCUCCUGAUCUUCGGGAAGCAGCUCAGAACUGCAAGCAAGAGCUUACAAACUACGCACAGAUGGCUACGAAGAACCCUUCCUUCAACAUAAUUCUGGGAUCUUCGUCAAAAGCUCGCAAACAGAUUCUCGCUGAAAUGGGAUACGAAUUCACAAUAAUGACUGCAGACAUUGAUGAGAAAAGUAUUAGAAGGGAAAAACCAGAAGAUUUGGUUGUCACAUUAGCUGAGGCUAAGGCGGAUGCUAUUGUGCAAAGGCUCCUUACUGAUGGUCCAUUGAAGGCAGAUGCUUCUACAACACUCUUAAUCACUGCAGACACUGUUGUGGUAUAUCGAGGAACAAUCAGGGAAAAACCAACUAGUGAAAAAGAAGCACGGGAGUUCGUCAAAGGAUAUUCCGGUAGUCAUGCAGCUGUGGUAGGAUCUGUUGUGGUGACUAAUCUUGUGACCGGAAAACGUUAUGGGGGGUGGGAGAGUGCAGAGGUUUAUUUCCUUGAAAUACCAGACGAGGUCAUUGAUAAUCUGAUUGAUGACGGAGUAACAUUCAACGUCGCUGGGGGUUUGAUGCUGGAACAUCCGUUGACGUUACCCUUUGUGGAUGCGGUGGUUGGAUCGGCUGAUACAGUGAUGGGACUUUCCAAGGCUCUUACAGAGAAACUCAUAAAGGAAGCUCUAUAGCUGCUGCAGUUGUACAAUCAUACUCCAAUAGAUACCACGUUUGGCCGACUGCAAUACUAUCUCAAUGAUAUCCAAAUGUUUUUAUUUGCACUGAUUUGUAUUACAAACUAGAAUCCUUGAGACCUUAUUGAAUUUUGUUUUAUCACGAGUCAACAAAAGCUUGUACUUGUGUGCUUCUGUUUUUGCUGUUGUCCAUCAUGAGGCUUCAUAACAUUUCAUAUUUCCAUAGUUCGAUCUAACAUUUGAAAUUUGAAUGUGUUGGAAAAUAUAUUAUUUCCGGUUUUAUUGU